AUGACUGCCAUUCCCUCCAGCAUCUUCCUUGUGGCCAUUCACAACUAUCACCUGUACCCCCUGGGUUCCACUUCCAGUAUCAGCUCCUGCAGAAGUGCUGAGUAUCCUGGGGAAACCAUUCUUCACCACAUUGCUUCUUUUUGGGGAAGUCUACUCUCCUAUUCGUGGCUACAAUGUUGGAGUCCCCAGAACGCUCAGAAUCUUCCCAGGCCUCCAGAGCACCAUCACCUGUAA